UGUGCAAAACAACAUGCUAGGGUCGACAUGGUCUGCUGACUUUUCACUAAAAUAGGUAGUGUUAUUUGCCGUCUUUUUCUUCUUCUUAAAAAAAUAUUUUUUUUGGACUGAAUAAGUGACUUGAGGACAAAUAAAAUAUCUGCUCAUUCUCUGGAAUGUAAAAUGAUGCUCAGGACGGAUUACUGCCAAACCAUGACCAUCAGCGUUGUGCCGCUUCUACUCGUGCUGCCAUUAUUUCUAGCUUAUCAUCAUCAUCAUCAAAAUCAUCCUCCUCCUCCUCCUCAUCAUCAUCAUCAUAAUCAUCACUAUGAAGCUGUUUUUUUCCCUGCCCCACCAUUUUCAUCAUCAAAGCAGGAUUUCAGCCACAUGAUCUUUUCACCAUUUAAUUGGGCAGCGCUUCUGAGCUGGCCUUCAUUAAAGAGCCCCAUGAUGUUAUUGCUGUAAGAGACCGGCCUUUGAUGCUGGACUGUGAGGUGGAUGGAGAAGGGCCUAUUACUAUUACCUGGCGGAGGAAUGGUGUACCUGUUCAGGUGGGCCCCAGAGUGGCUGUGUUAAGCAGUGGCAUGCUUCUGAUCCGAAACUUCCAGAAACGGCGGGAGAGCAAUGAGACAGAUGCGGGAGAGUAUGACUGUGCCGCACAGAAUCGCUAUGGCAUGCUGAUAAGCCGUAAGGCACGAGUACAGUUUGCAUCUCUUCCCAAGUUUCACACCCACCCAGAGUCCAUGGUAGUGGAUGAAGGAGGGGUGGCACGCUUUCACUGUGCCAUUAAUGGGAUCCCUGAGGCUAGCAUCACCUGGGAGAAGAACAGGACCACGCUCAGCACAGAUGAUGACAGGUAUACUCUCCUGCCCAAUGGCAUUCUCCAGAUCACUGGCGUGCGUCACGGAGACAGUGGAGUGUAUCACUGUGUAGCCAAAAACAUUGCUAACACACGCUAUAGUCACGAGGCCCUUCUUAGUGUCACUGUGGCAGCUUCACGUACCUAUAAGGAGCCAGUGAUUCUCUCAGGUCCUCAAAACCUCACCAUCAACGUCCACCAGACUGCCAUUUUAGAGUGCAUUGCUACAGGCAACCCCCGACCAAUUGUGUCCUGGAGCAGGCUGGAUGGACGUUCUAUUGGAGUGGACGGGAUCCAGGUAUUGGGCACGGGUAAUCUUAUGAUCUCAGAUGUUUCCCUACAGCACUCUGGGGUUUAUGUGUGCUCAGCCAACAGGCCUGGCAGCAGGAUGAGAAGAACCGCACUGGGUCGACUGGUGGUGCAGGCUCCGCCUGAGUUCCUGCAGUGGCCGCAAUCUGUGUCUAAGGCAGUAGGGGGCAGCGCAGUGUUUACCUGCCAGGCUCAGGGAGUCCCUGAGCCUCACCUCAUCUGGUUGAAAAAUGGCAAGAUCCUCACUCCUGGAGACAAUGUAAAGCUUACCAACAACAACAGCACUCUGGCUGUAACCCGGAUCACUGCUGAGGAUGAAGCCAUCUAUCAGUGCAUAGCAGAGAACAGCGCCGGCACCAACCAGGCCAGUGCACGUUUAGCUGUGUCCCAGUCUCCUGAGAAUCCUCUUCCUGAGGCUCCUCAUGACCUGACUGCAUCACCGCUUACACACACGUCCCUGCAGCUCAGCUGGAACCAGCCUGAAAGCCACGUGGCUGACAACAUCAUCGGUUACGUGCUGCACAUCCGUAUGCUCGGAGAGCCAGACAGUAAAGAGCUCCAGGAGGCUGUGAGUAAGGAUACAUUCCAGCACGAGUUUAUUAACCUGGAACCAGCAACCACUUAUUCCAUUUAUCUCAAAGCAUAUUCUCCUCUGGGGGCCAGCCAGAAGUCCAACACUGUCAUUGCAACAACACUAGGGGGCGUUCCCACAAUGCCCAACUUCUUCACUAAAGUUCUGAAUAGCACAGCAAUGCAGAUUUAUUGGGAACUGCCAAGUAAACCAGGAAAGCUGGAGGGCUUUAAACUGUCACACCGUGUCGUGCCUCAGGAGCAGUUUGGUCCAGAGGAACUUUUCCCCAGCCACAUAAAUACACACACCAUCUCACACCUUGAGCCAGCAGCUGUAUAUGAGAUCCAGUUGGUAGCUUUUAAUGGGAAUGGAGACAGCAUGGCCAAUAAACGCCUGGUUUCUCUGGCUGAGAGUGGAACAGGAGACAAGAGCGGUGCUGGAGGACAAAGCUUAUGUAACUGCAGGCAGGAUGGAGACAGCUCUGUAACCGGCAUAGUGGUUGGUAUUCACAUUGGAAUGGCCUGCAUCAUCUUCUGCGUGCUCUUUCUCAUGUUUGCAUACCGCCGCAGCUCAUUUUGCAGAAAAGGGACCCAGGUGGAAUGGACAGUACCACAGAGAGGAGCAGGACCACUGGGAGACACAGUACCUAAAGAGGGAAUGAUACGCACCACUGAGGCUAUUGAGCUAAUGCCACAGCCUCAGAACAGUUCUGCAGAAAACCAGGCUCCAGGGGCACACUGCCAGGUUCUUAUUGAACAGCAACCCAACUGCUCACAAGGCACAUCCAUGAGCACAGGCACUGGUACAGGCUGAUAACUCCUUAAACACUCUCUUUUAUCCCUCACCCUACAAAACACCCCACCACCCUAAAGUGCAGUACUUGGCCACUCCAUGUCACUCUAUUCACCAACGCCUUAUUGCAGUCUGCCCUUGCUUGAGCAGUAACAUCCACACACCCUGCAACCAUUUAACCUAUAGAAAGGGGAUACUAUAUUCUGCUCUUAAAUUUGGACUACGGUGUUUUUUUUAAUUAUUAUUAUUAUAUUAACAUUCUAAUAAUUCUAUAUCUGAUUCUAUAUUUUUGUUACUUUGUUUUUCGAAGUAUACAGAUAAGAAAGGGCAAUUGCUGCUUAUGUUAGUUCUCCCCUUUCUUUCAAAAUGGGACCAAAAUAAAUGUGUGCCUGCUGCUGUAGAAGAAAACUGCAAAUUCUGAGGCCUUAACAUCACUGUACAGAUGCUGUAUAUUCCUGUAGAUUUUAUGUGAUGUUUUAUAGCAUACGUAUGUAGCACAAUUUUUCACCUAGUAGAAAUGUUUUUUCAGUUCAUUUCCGCUUUGAGUGAAACACCCUACUGUAGCCUUAUAUAUGUGAUCGUGUCACCACGUUAGCCUGCCAGAAGAGUGCAAUGGAGUGGCCUAAUCCCUGCACCCUCGGACCCCCCUCUUCUUUCCUCCCCUCGCACCAAAUUACCUCCAAAGAUAGCUACCUCAGCCUGACGAGAACGUCAGAGCUAUCACGGUAAACCAUCUGCCUGCCUUGCUGCUGGUUAAGCAUACCUACCUCGACCAAAAGCCCUGUGCACAUCGGAGCCUGCUUUUUUUGUUGUUGUUGUUGUUCUGGUGCUGGUUCCAGUGUCCUGUGCCAUUCAGACUACAACGGUAAUACUUUUGCCCUCGACCAGCACCUGCCACUGUGUCCAUGUGUCUCAGAUGCCUCUUCUGCUGGACACAAACCUGUCCACAAUGCUAGAGCUUUCACUCUAAACUUUAGGUUAACUCACUGACCUUUGGGGCUUUUGCUUUCGAAUAUGUUGUUAAUAGAGAUGUCGUCCUUAAGGUACAAAAGUUCUCUCCAGCCAUGUGAAUGGGAGAGUGCUCGCUAACCACGAUGUUGCACGACUCUUCAGUGAUCAGACCAAUGCAGAGGAGAACAUUCUGCUUUUGGAAUACAACAUAUGGUCCACAAAACAAGCCAGGAGUGAACACUUGUAGGAAGGAAUGGACUCAGAGAGCACUAGUUCGCCAGCCUGCUGUGGUUGGCGUAGGUGUUCUAGCACUUUCCUACCAGCACCGCACACAGGAGGAAGGCUAUCGAAGAACCAGUGGUUGUCCUGGAGAGCUGUUAUUGUUUUUAAAUACUUUACUAACCAUUUUCCAUUUUUUUUUGGUGAUACGUUUUAUUAUAUAAGUAUUUGCUGUCACAAAGCUGGGCACAAAACUAGUUUCUGUCUUUUCUGCUUUUUUAACUUCUCCAAAUACUCAGUGAAAACCAAGUGAUGUCCAAAGAUGAUUUAUUAUAACGGUUUUCAUUGCUUUCUAUUAGUCUUUUCCUUCAGUUGACGUUCUAGAUAUCAUGCUCGUUCCUGUUUUAAGGGUAACCGUGAUACUAAAAACAUUAGACGUUCGGCUUUCCAUUAACCAAAGCAACAAAACAAAGCCCUUAAAGCCCAAUAGAGUUUUUCACAUUUUAGCUCACAAUUCUUUCUAUGGUUACCUUUGACUUCAAAUUCUAUAUAGAAUUAGCUAACUAAAAAUAAAAUAAUAACUAGUGAAUAAUGCAUAUAUUUUCAUACUCUGAUACAAGAAAAUAAGAACCAUGCUUCUCUUUUUACUGAUGGAGUUGAUAUUGCCAAAUAACUCUUGUGAUUUUUUAGAAAACGUGACCAAAUACCUCAUACAUACUUUACCUUUUAUAUAAAUUCUUCUCUUUGACAAAGGCGCAUUAGGUGCUUUGUGCUCUGAUUGGUCUAGUCAUGCUGAAUUGUGUGACAGCCUUAAAUGCGGUGGGAUAGUGUAAAACUCGAGAAAACAAGAAGUGUAAAGAUUUUUUAAAAGAUGUAUUUAUUUGUCAGGAAUGAAAUAUGUCAGAAUACACACUGAUUACAAGUACCACUGUUUUAAAGGUUGUGAAAGAACUGUCGGGAUUUCACGUCUGUUUUUCACAAGCUGUUUUCGAACGAUCUCACAGUUUUAUAAAGUGGGAGGGUGUUGCUUAUAAGAGCAACAAGUACGAUGCCAAAAUAUGAACAUGUGAAAAAAAGACCCUAUGUCUUAAAAAAUAUUUGAAAUGAAACAAACAAAAAAAAAAAGAAUAUUUUUUACCUGUUCUCUCGAGAACUUUUUUUAAACUCUUUUUUUGGUUUCUCUUCAUUUCUUUUCCUUCUGUUAUAAAUGGAAUACAUUGCCAAAAACUGACAUUUUGAUAAGUUCCUAAAAAUAAUGUAAUUAUGAUUAAUAUCAUGUCAAUUGAUUUUGUCUCAUAUUCAAAUUUGAUUUUCAAUUAUUUGUUUUCUUUCUCAGUAGAAUGAAAAGAUGAACAUUAGAAAUUUGAGAAUUUGAAAACAGAAUUGCAUGUUGAUGGCAAGCAGGGCAGGACUUAAAGGUUUUUUCUUAUUGCUUCAUUCUCUGUUCAUUGUACUUAUUUAUUCACAAUUUAUUCACAAGAUAUUUCUUCAGAAUAUGUUUAUUAUUUGGGCCUUUGCCAUAUAUAAGUAAGCCAUAUACAAAUACGUUUAAUUUAACUAGCAUAAUUUAAGUUUGACUUUAUAAAUCUAUUUCGUUCAUUGAUUUCAGGAUUAUAACAUGCAGUACCUCACACUGAUCCUAAUUUGUAUAUUCGUUUGGCUUGUCAGUACUGCAACAUUUGCUGCUACAUGUCACAUCUUCCAGUGUUAUUGAGCUCACUGGGGACUUUACCAGAAUAAGUUCAUGUGCUCUUGCCUGUCCAACAUGUGUGUUAUUUAGAAUAAGCAAAAAAAAAUGACUAAAGAAGUAGUGUAUGCCUGAUGCUUGUACCAAUGAGAAAGCAAUGCUUUAAUGUUUGUAUUUUCUGUUUCAUUUAUACCAUACUUGUGUGAUUCAGAACCAAACUCACCAUAGCUUUAAAUUGCUGUUCACCUGGUGCAGCUCCAUAGUUUGGAGUCAUUUAUCCUGAGACAGAUAGCCUGAAAGAGAAACUACUCUGAUUGCUGAUUGUGUCUCAGUUGAAAUAAAUAUGAUUUUUUUGUCUGUUUUCAUUUGAUGAUACUGAUGCCUAUGUACCAAAUAAAAAGACUGUUAAGUAGA